AUGCCUUCCAAGGCGAAGCGUUUCAAGAAAACCAGAAUGGCCCGUCGCUUGCGUCGCUUCAAGAUGAGCAGAAGUGACACAGAGAUCCGCCUCGCGAAUGGGCUUUCCGCCACCGAUCUGAAAGUACUUGCGGAAGUGAUGGCUCUGGAUGUCAAAGACGAAACAUAUGAUGAGUCACAGAGUUCACUCAGCUUCGCAACAUGGGUCCCAUCAAGUGCUACUGAAGACACUGACGUAGUCGAACCAGAGCCACUGACAUUCAACGUCAAGCAUCCAUGGGGCAUAAUCGAUUAUCAUCUUUAUCUGAACAGCCUCGAAGGGGGAAAAGACAUGCAUAUCAGGCGCGAAAACUUGUAUCUGUUCGACGGUACAGACUGUGAGCCCAUCAGAUACUGCGACCUUUUCGUCCCCGAGAUCUACAGCGAUGAACAUAGCCAGCGAACCCGCCUGCUCUUCUCCAUCCUGCCCAUUGCGGAAAAAGGCGCAGUCUUCAGCGGACGGAACUAUGUCCUGGGCUAUGACUGGAAAUAUAGAAUUCUGUUUGCUCGCCAUUUCAAUUGGAUGCCCCAUGACGUUUGUGAUAUUUGGUCUGUGUGGAGCGAAGGCACGACCGUGUACACCAUUUCCAUCCCCAGGCUGUUUGACCUCCUGGAGGCAACAUUCCAGAAGCGGACCGGAAGGGCUGGCGAGGGAAUUCUGAGCUCAAAUCCUCUUUGCAGAAGCCUUCAAGUGAGCGAUGACCCCGGCAUGGAGAUGGUCAUUGCCGCUAUGUUCGCCCAGUUCGCUCAGGACUUUAUCGAUGUCAUCUUCAUUCAAGGAGAAUAUCACAAGCAGAAGCUCCGUCAUCAACUCGGCCACUAUGAAGACCAAUGCCGACAGGUCCUGCAGCGUGCGUCGUAUCGGGCCUGGUUUGCCCUCCGCGCUGGAUCCGCGGGAGCCAAGUACAGAACGGACAAAAGCGAUAGCAACGAUUCCUUGAGACAGCUCCUCAACGAUCUGUAUACCUUGGAAGAGGAAGAUCGGCAGGAGGAGCAGUCGUACGGCUAUAUCCCGCACAACGGGGAAUGGCAUGCAACCGACUUGGAAACUUGGAGACUGCGUCGGGAGGAGAACAGGAAGAAGCGCCGUGAGGAAGCCGUCCGGCGUCUUGAGAGUCUCUUUGCUAUACCAGGUGACCUCCCCGAGAUCAAGUCUCCCGGCAAGGAAUUCGAAAAUACCAUGGUCAAAGCGGGAGAGCAUCCGACGAUUGACCCGGAUUAUCCCCCUGACGCUCCAAGGACCCCCUCACCCCCCUUCCGCCAUAGAUCGGUUCUACAGCAGAUACAAUGCUUGAGCCCAGGUUCUCCGGGCAUUGUUCGUCCAGCGAUGGAGGAAUUCGAUGACUUUGAGGCGACUGAAUAUCAUAAAAUACCCCUGCCUCUUCUGCUUCGACGUACGCUUGAGCUUCUUGAAGAGAGGCCGGAAUUGGACUCGCUCGACAACCGGGGCCGAUUUGGAUCGCUUUUGACCGACCUUGGGGUGCGUGUCCGCAAGAGACCUGUUGAUCAGUUCACCAUUGCACCGUCACUUGGUUACGAGAAUGACAGUUGGAAGUUGGAGGUGCAGACGCAGCCUGAGAUCGGAGACCAACCGCCUCGCUGCCUUCUUCCCUCCCCUCUAUUUGACUAG